AUGAUUUGGAUCUUACUUGAUGUAUCUUUUGAAUAUGAGGAGAAAUUCGACAUUGAUCAAGAAAGAAUUCAAAGUUUCUUGGAAUCAAUUAAUCAUGAUUCAUUACCUCAAUUCUUUAAUAAUCAUUUCUCUGAUGUUCAUGAUACAUCAUCGAGAGUUUCCAGAGUUCCCGUCGCUUCUUUGGUUAAGCGUAAAGUUGUUCGAAUACGUGUCGAAUCUCGAGCAAAGUUUCUUGGUCGCAAGAUAG